AUUACUAACUAUGCAGUGUCAGAACGAUCCACCUUUAUUCGAUCUGGAAGACAACGCUACAAUACAAUUUUUUCACGAAUUACAAGCUUUCAGCAGUAUUUACACCGGAUUCCAUCGGUUUAUAUGUCUUGUAGUAUGUAUUGUCGGUAUCAGCCUCAAUAUUUUACAUUUCUAUGUGUUAAGUCGUCGACCUAUGCGAGCCUAUAUCAUCAAUGCAAUACUAUGUGCUAUGGCCGUAUGUGAUGCCCUAACAAUGUCGUCUUACCUGAUCUACAUUAUUAAAUUCCGAAUUUUCGACAAUAAUGGUGUGAUCGGUUAUUCCUAUCCUUGGCUAGUGUUCUUGAUCAUCCAUGUGACAUCAUCAAUAGCACUGCAUACGUGUUCACUAUAUCUCUCAGUCACAAUGGCGUACAUUAGAUGGACAGCUCUCGAUCGAUUGGAUGCCAAGUGGAUCAAUAAUAGCGCUGUUAGACAUAUUUUCUUCUUCACCGCAGCAUCGGUCGCAUUCAUUUCAAUACCAACGCUGAUGGUACAUAAAAUUGUACCGGUCAGCGAGGUACUCGAAAUAAAUGACACACAGGUACUAAAUUCCCUGAGCAAAUCUGGUCAAACACUCCUAUUAUUCAAUUACAAGUCGUACGACAAUCUGUAUACAGUACAAUUAGACGAAAUUGACUUCAAUGGCUGUACACUAUUUCGGGCCAAUUUAUGGCUUACUGGUAUUUUCUUCAAGGCUCUCCCGUGUGCUCUAUUAUUAUGGUUUACAAUAGCUCUAAUUUGGAAAUUAUGUGAAAUGAGCGAAAAGAGGCGACAGCUUAGAGGAGACGGCAGUACUAGUCGAAAAUGUACAAAACUAAGCAUGGAUAAAACGACGCUAAUGCUCAUCAUCAUGUUGGUGGUAUUUCUCUGCACUGAGUUACCUCAGGGGCUACUCGCCAUCCUGUCUGCAAUGUAUCCAUCCCAUAUUCACACCAUGGUUUAUGUAAACGUUGGUGAAAUGCUCGACUUACUGUCGCUUGUCAACUGUCUGACAUCAUUCGUUCUGUACUGUUGCAUGUCAAGCACUUAUCGCUCUACAGUACGAGCCUUGAUAAUGCCAAGUCGUACAACUCCUGCCCGAAAGAACGCUUUGGCAGCACAAUCCUUGAAACUACUGAUGUCCUGA